AUGUAUGAUAAGAACAAGAAGGGGAAGUUUAUGAUACCCGAGCAAUUCACCAUUGUUCAAUCUUUGGAAUUAUUGUAUUUGCUAAUUUCUAGACAGUUUGAUAAUUUACAUGCUCAAUACGCAAAUUUCGCUGCUAGAAAUGAGAUAAAGGAAAUCUCAAAAGUAAGCAAAUUGUUGAAUCUAUUACUGGACGAUUUCUACGAAGGCGUUAAUAAUAUUGAAGAGCUUUACCGUUGUGAAAAAGUGCUACGAGUUGGCACUUGGAAGGAAACAAAUAUGAUCACAAUGAUUGAGGAUUUUUUCAUUUUGGAUCAAAAUAUAAGAAUUACAAAGAAUAAUGCAAAAACCUACGUGGACAGCAAUAAAAGCGGCGUCGGUAGUCUGUUGAAUAAAUCUCUGGGAAUUGGCAAAAAUAAAAUGAAAAAAGAUGAAGAACAAGAAGGUUAUGUAUUUAAAGAAGCCAAUAGAAUUAAAAAAUCAAGAGAAUUGGAAAAACAGAAAAAAAGCGAACUUGAAACGGAGAAACAACUCUUACUAGAGAAAAACAUUGAGGCAAAGUUAAGAACAGAACUUAAACAUGAAUACCAUAAGGCAAUCGAAGAAGAAAAAGCUAUGGAGUCGAGACUAAGAAGUUCUAUCGAAAAAGAAUAUCACAUUAGACAAUUAGAGCAUGAAAAAUUAUUGGAAUCAAAAUUAAGAGUUCAAUUAGAACAUGAAUACAGUAAAAAAACAGACGAGGAAAGGAAGAUACAUUUAAAGAAGAGGAAAGACGACUCACAGACUGAAAAGGAAAAUUUGGACCCUAUUAAAAAUAAGCCACAAGAGAAAAGACGAGUUUCAUCAAUACCAAGUAUUAGCCACCAUACAGAGAGUGAAUCUCGCCCAAUUCAGCAUUCUGCCUCAGUGUCGAGGAAAUUACCGGAUAAUUUCAAGUAUUCUAGAAAAUCGUUUGAUGAUUCUGUGAAUCGUAGAUCAUCUUCAGAUUUAACAAAUGGUGGUAGAGCUGCAAAUUUUGCUUGGUCAAAUUCUCUGCAAAUAGACACAGCGAUCUCUUCACACUCGUCACAUUCUUCACACACUCACCAUUCUUCAUCAGCUACUCCUACCACAGAUAGAUAUGUACCUAAAUCAGUGAAACGUUCCAAGUCUGUCGAAACGAUUAAAUCAAAUCAUGAAGGCACUAAACCUCUAUUGAAUAGAAGUUUAGUUAAAACUCAAAAGAAAAUUGUCACUUCUAGAAGAAGUGAAUCAGAAAAGAGAGAAUUAGAUAAGAAAGAUUCCAAGGUUCCCAAAUCUCCUUUAUCUUCAUCCCAUAAGUCUUCAACUAAACCAAAAGUUGUUCUUGCGGAUGCUUUAGGAACCAAAAAUUAUGAUAACUCUGACAGCAAUUCAACUCUCAAUUUAUAUGAAGAGACUCCAAUGGGCAAGCGUGUCAAAGAAGUAAUGAAUAGUCUACAAGGUGUAGAUAAAAAAGCAUGUGAACAAAUUGUUAAUGAUAUUAUAGUUAUGGAUGAAAUAAUUAGAUGGGAAGAUAUAGCUGGUCUAAAUAAUGCAAAGGUUUCGUUGAGAGAGACUGUUGAAUACCCAUUUUUAAGGCCUGAUUUAUUUAAAGGUUUGAGAGAACCUAUCAGAGGGUUACUAUUAUUUGGUCCACCCGGUACUGGUAAAACAAUGAUUGCAAAAGCUGUUGCAUACGAGUCUAAUUCCACAUUUUUCAGUAUCAGUGCGUCUUCAUUAUUAUCCAAAUAUUUAGGUGAAUCUGAAAAAUUAGUUAGAGCAUUAUUUUACCUUGCGAAGAGACUGGCACCAUCUAUCAUUUUCAUUGAUGAAAUCGAUUCCUUAUUAACAGCUAGAUCAGAUAAUGAAAAUGAAUCUUCGAGAAGAAUUAAAACAGAGCUGUUGAUUCAAUGGUCCAUUCUUUCAAGUGCUACAUCUAAUGGAAACGAUAAUAAUGAAUCUGAUAAUAGGGUAUUAUUAUUAGCUGCCACUAAUUUACCUUGGGCUAUCGACGAAGCUGCAAGAAGAAGAUUUUCUAGAAGAUUGUAUAUCCCAUUACCAGAGUAUGAAACUAGAUUAGUUCAUUUACAAAAGUUAUUGGGUUUUCAAAAGCAUACGUUAUCGCCAGAAGAUCUUCAACACAUUGCAAGAAUCACAGAAGGUUAUUCCGGUUCUGAUAUAACAACGCUAGCGAAAGAGGCAGCAAUGAUACCAAUUAGAGACUUGGGAGAAAACCUUCUAGACAUUACCACCGACAAAAUCAGAGGUGUUAACGUGGAUGACUUUAUACUAGCCAUGGAAACAGUCAAGAAAAGUGUCUCACCGGAAUCUUUACAAGAAUACUCUGAAUGGUCAGAGAAAUAUGGUAGUACAGGUGUGUAA